AUUUUUAUGCUAAAAUAGAAGAGACUUUGAGAAACUCUAGUUUAGUAUUUAAUGAAGGCCCAACAUAAUUUCAUUACAUAUUUUAGAAUUUUCUUAUUUCACAAACCAUAAACAUCCAUCAAAUUUCUGAUAUUCCCAUUUUGUGGAUGGUUUCUUUCACAUUUAUUUAUCAAUUACCAAAACUGGUUAAAUUACUUAUUAAUACGACUUCGAAAUUUAAAUUAUUUCUGGCAUUGUCUGAUAGAGCGGCUGUAUUAACAGCUGGGGAAGUCCACUUCGUAAAGGUCAGAUUCAAAUUAAUGGUAGGCUAUUUGCUGACAAACCGGCUAAACACGUGAUCAUAAACGUCACACAAAUAAACCAAGGAUACUGGGAUAUGUUUUCUCUGUUAACCCGUUUCCAAAGCACGCAAACAAAUCCAAGCUGAAGCCAUGGACAAAAAUAAACAGAGACCGGCCGAUCUGAUCGAUUUGGUGGGAGGUUACGGGCCCUGGCAAAGGGACAUAUUCAUCAUGUUUCUGUUCGCCAGCUUUCCGGGCUCGUGGCAAGGUUUGGGCGUUAGUUUCUUUGCCGCCGACAUGGACCAUUGGUGCGCCAGACCACCCGACACCAACGUAACCGUGGAAGAAUGGAAAAAUUUUAGUAUUCCCAAAGAAAAAGUUAAUGGAAUUUACACGCCGAGUUCGUGUAACGUGUACGUCAACCGUUUCAGAAACGAAACCGCAGCAUGCCAUAAAUGGGAAUACAACACAUCCGUUUUUACUUCCACCAUCGUUAGUGAGUGGGAUCUGGUGUGCGAUAGAGCGUGGUAUUCGUCAUUCAGCCAAUCCAUCUACAUGGCCGGCUACAUGUUGGCAGUUCUAAUUUUUGGUCAACUGUCCGACAGGAUCGGCAGACGACCGGUCAUGCUUUUGUGCGUGGUUAUAACUUUCGUAUCGGGAUUAGUGGGCGCAUUUUCUGUCAAUUUUCCCAUGUAUGCCGCCACCAGAUUCUUAGUGGCCAUGGGUGCUUCGGGUCUGUUUACCUCGGCUUUCGUCGUACUGGUGGAGAUAGUGGGGCCCGAAUAUAGGUCGUUUUUCGGGAUCGCUAUCGAAUUUGGUUGGGCCACCGGAUAUAUUUUGCUGCCCUGUUUGGCUUGGCUGAUCAAAGAUUGGCAUUAUUUGCAACUGGCCGUCAGCAUUCCCGUUGUUUUUCUCGCAGCGUUUUGGUGGGUACCGGAAUCGCCUCGUUGGCUUCUGUCUCAAGGAAGGUUAGAAGAAUGCGAAGCCGUCUUGAAAAAGGCAGCAUCCAAGAACGGAAAAGAUGCUUCUAACCUGGGAGCGGAUAUCAAAACCUUCUACAAAGUGGCAGAAAAGGAGCAAGAAAUAAACACAGUGAGGCAUUACACGAUACUAGACUUACUGAAGUACCCCAACAUGAGAAAGAAGACGUUGAACGUUUACUUCAAUUGGUGUGUAAACGCAUUCGUUUAUUACGCUCUGUCUCUGAAUACCAGCGAGUUGGGAGGAAAUAUAUUUAUUAACUUCUUUAUAGCGGGGGCGGUAGAAUAUCCCGCUUACGCCGUAUCUAUCUUCGUUAUUAAGCAUAUCGGUAGGAAGAUUCCUCUAAUGGGUACUAUGAUAAUUGGAGGUUUAGCUUGCAUUCUAACCAUACCCAUACCAGAACACCUUCUAUGGGUGAAAAUAACACUAGCCAUGGUGGGAAAGUUUUGUAUAACGGCAUCUUUUGGUAUAAUCUACGUGUUCUCAGCCGAACUCUUUCCCACGGUAGUUAGAAACGUGGGCGUGGGUUCCAGCUCCACCUUCGCCAGAAUUGGUUCGAUUGUGGCACCUUACGGCAAGGAACUGGGUCGAGCAACUUACACCAAUCUUCCAUUAAUUAUCUACGGGAUCAUUUCUAUAAUUGCGGGAGCGUUGGUCGCCCUUUUGCCAGAAACAAAUAAUAAACCGGUGCCGGAUACUUUAGAAGAAGCCGAAUUAACUUCCAGAUAUAAAUUCGGUUUAACAACCAACUACAACAGACCCACCAACGGAAUUUUAAUGGAAGCGCUCAGGGCCGCCUGUGCCUUCAUUUUAGAUCACAUAGUUAAUUUAACGGUUAUUUUAUCGGUAUUUAAUGUAAAUAGAAAAUCUGCAGGUCAGAGCAGAGACGAGCAGCGAUUGAAACUUGAGCAGCAGUAUGCUGAUUUCGUGGAUAACAAAUACAUUAUCCACAGUUUCUUUGAGCUUUAUUCAAAGAUGAAUGAGCGGCUAAUGAAUGUGAUUUGUAACUGGCAUGUUACAGAAGAGAAUCAAAUGCUCAUUUUCUACCAAAUUAGAUUAAUAGAAGAGAGACCACCCAUUUCUGUAACUAUAUCCAUUAAUAUUGAUCUUCAUGUAACUAUAUUUGCUGCUGAACAAUGUGUAAAAAGAAAAGAAUUAACAUGGAUUUUGGAUAAAUCUGUGAAAAUAUGGUUAGAUGGUCGCAACACUACAAUGAACAAGAAAAACAAAAAUAGACCCGCGGAUCUAAUUGAUCUGGUGGGUGGAUACGGACCAUGGCAGAGGGAUAUUUUCAUUAUGUUCUUCUUCGGCAGCUUUCCUAGCUCGUGGCAAGGUUUGGGUGUUAGUUUCUUCGCAGCCGACAUGGACCACUGGUGUGCCAGACCCCCCAAUUCCAACCUGACCGUGGAGGAAUGGAAGAAUUACAGUAUUCCCAAAGAAGUAGUUAAUGGCGUUUAUAAACACAGUAAGUGUAAAAUGUAUAACCAGUUCAGGAAUGAAACUGUGGAGUGCCAAAAGUGGGAGUAUGACACUUCGGUUUUCACCUCUACCAUCGUUAGCCAGUGGGAUCUGGUGUGCGACAGAGAAUGGUACGCAUCCUUCAGUCAAGCUAUCUACAUGGCGGGAUUCAUGCUUGCCGUUCUUAUUUUCGGUCAACUGUCCGACAGGUUCGGCAGAAGACCAAUUAUACUGUUGAGCAUCGGCAUCACUUUCGUAGCGGGAUUAAUUGGUGCAUUUUCUGUCAAUUUCGUCAUGUAUGCCGCCAGCAGAUUCUUAGUAGCUAUGGGAGCUUCGGGUCUCUUCACGGCAGCCUUUGUAGUGCUGGUGGAGAUAGUGGGGCCCGAAUAUAGAUCCUUUUUCGGGAUCGCUAUCGAAUUUGGUUGGGCCACCGGAUAUAUUUUGCUGCCCUGUUUGGCUUGGCUGAUCAACGAUUGGCAUUAUUUGCAACUGGCUUUGAGCAUACCAGUCAUCUUGCUCGUAACAUUUUGGUGGUGGGUGCCGGAAUCGCCUCGAUGGCUUCUGUCGCAAGGAAGGUUAGAAGAAUGCGAAGCCAUUUUGAAAAAGGCAGCAUCCAAGAACGGCAAAGAUACUACCAACCUGGGAGCGGAUAUCAAAACUUUCUACAAAGCAGCGGAGAAAGAGCAAGAAAUGCACACGGUGAAACGCUACACAAUCCUCGAUCUACUGAAGUAUUCCAACAUGAGGAAGAAGACGUUGAACAUUUACUUCAAUUGGUGUGUAAACGCAUUCGUUUACUACGCUCUAUCUUUAAAUACGGGCGAAUUGGGUGGAAGUAUAUUUAUCAACUUCUUUAUAGCGGGAGCGGUAGAAUUUCCCGCUUACGUAGUAUCCAUCAUCGUUAUCAAGCAUAUCGGUAGGAAGAUUCCUCUAAUGGCAGCCAUGAUUAUAGGAGGUUUGGCUUGCCUCCUCAUAAUUCCCAUACCAAAUUAUCUUCUAUGGGUGAAAAUAACACUAGCCAUGGUAGGUAAGUUCUGUCUAACAGCUUCUUUUGGUAUAAUCUAUGUGUUCUCUGCCGAACUCUUUCCCACGGUGGUUAGAAACGUGGGUGUGGGUUCCAGUUCCACCUUCGCCAGAGUUGGCUCGAUUGUGGCACCCUUUGGCAAGGAUCUGGGUCGUGCAACUUACGUGAACCUCCCUUUAAUCAUCUAUGGAGUCAUUUCUAUGGUAGCCGGAGCAUUGGUCGUUCUAUUACCAGAAACAAAUAACAAACCGGUGCCAGAUACAAUAGAAGAGGCCGAACAGAUUUCUAGGAAACUUCCGUGCCCCACUAAAACGGAGCUAGCAACCAUCAAUAAAUGAAUGUUUCGGCGGGGAAAUGGUGCAAGUCCAUCAUUUUGGUAUAAAAAAACGUUUGUAGACGAACGGAAAAGUUUUGCUGAGUCGUGCCAGGAUUCUUUAUUACUAAACACAAGCUUUAAAUGUCCAUUUUAUACCAGAAAAUUUCACCUUCUAAAUCAUUUUUAGCUCUUUAUGCAACUUUCUCAGGAAAAAUGAAAACUUUAUCCAAUUACGUGACAAUUUGUACUACUCAUAAUUAUGGUAAAAUUUGGAUGGUAACCAAUCAGGUUUAAUUAUCGCUAUCCAUUAUUAUUAUUAUUAUUAUCCAAUGACAAUUUUCCCAAAAUAUGGAAGCUUAAGACCGUCACUACCUUAUCAUCAUCUCGUAAUCACAUAUUUUAUCUUAUAUAUGCGUAUAUAUAAUCAAUACUUUUAUAUUUUACGUGAAAAUUUCAAAUGUUUUAAGUGUGACGAAAGAAUCUAAACUCUGAAGAGUAAGAAUCGAUUCUUUAAUGAUUGAUGCUCGUUUUGCUAAGGAAUUUUUCAACACGUUCCUAUAACGAAAUCUAUAUUUUAUUAUAAAAUUUUGUUACGUGUGACUAAUCUGCCAAAUGUCGAAACAAUACAAACCCAAUGUCAACGGUUCGAGGGAUACGCUAGGCAAUUACGUAAUGGAAAAUCGAGUCGAUACCGUAAAUGAGAAGCGUUGGGUGAUGUGUAAAUAUAUCCUUUGGCAUAAUAAAUUGUUCUUAAAUAUAUUUUUUUUAAAUGUUGUGUUUUAUGUGCGCGUAUAAGCCUUAGAUAAUGGAAACAAUAACUACUACUAUGUCGAGAUAAUAUAGAUUGUAAGUUAAUGAAAGUGUGACGUUGUUUUUCUUUGUUCUAUACGCGUAAUUUGCAUAGUUAUAGAUCAAUGGGUUGACAUUUUAGGAGAGAUGCGUAACAUACUACUUGAUAGAAUAACGCCGGAUGGCACUAAAGUUUCAAAUUUAAAAUAUUAAAAAUUAGCUUUUUUAACAGGCUGUCUUCAAUAUUUCAUCCGAACAUGCUUUUAUUAUUAUUUUUACAAUGGGGAGAUAGAGGGGGUAAGACUUAAUGAAGAUCUUAUUCGUUAUUAACAUUUAUACCCGUUUAUAAAACUCGCCCCUACCGUCAAAAUUAAGCUUUUUGCCAUUUUAUAAUGAUUAAAAAUAUAACAAAAUUCGAUAACAGAUGGUGCCACACGCGCACGAUUCUUUAGUUACAUGCUAUAAAAAAUUAACACAAUUAAUGGAAAAGUCAUUCUGCCAUCUUGUGAAAGAAAAUAAAAUAAAAUUCACAUAUUGUCUGGUAUCACUAGGGAAUGUGUCAUUGGUUUAACUGAAGCGACAUCACGCGUCAGGUUGCUCUGGAAUCGAUUCUUUCCGUAAACAGACUAUAGUUUCAGGCAAUUAAAUUAGUCGUUUUAGGGUAUUCUGUAUUAUACAGGAGCCGCAUCAAUGGUUUCUAUUAAUACAUAACAAUUGUGACACAAUAAAAACAAGUGCUUAAAGAAUGUAUUUGUAAUAUUUAAUACAUACAAAAUUUUAAUUUUAUGAGAGAAACAUGAUCUAACUUGGUGAUCUAAUUGUUUUUCCCCCCUUAAUUAUAAAUUAUUCUGAAGCGGAGACAUUACAAUUAUAAUUUCAAAAUACUCAUUAAUUUAUGGGGCAUUCGUUUUUCAAAAUUUAUUAAUUCAAACUUUUUAAAACUAAUCUUGAAACC